AUGGGAGGUGCAGCUGCUUGGGAUCACUCCCAGUUUACUACCAGUCCGCCUGUUUAUCCUUCGCCAAACAUGACUGGUGCUGGCGGAUGGGAUGCGGCACUGGCAAAAGCCAGAGACUUUCUUGCCGAAAUGACCCUAGAAGAAAAAGCAUUCAUGGUCACGGGCACAACCGGCCCAUGUGCUGGCAACAUUGCUCCCAUCGAGCGGCUCAACUUUACUGGACUGUGUCUUCAGGACGGCCCUCUUGCCAUACGUCAAGCCAUUUACGCGAGCGUUUUCCCUGCGCAACUGACUGCUGCUGCAUCGUGGGACCGUGAUCUGAUAUACAAGCGCGGUCUCUACCUCGGCGAGGAGUUCAAGGGCAAAGGAGCCCAAAUCGCUCUCGGGCCCGUUGUUGGGCCCAUCGGUAGAAGUCCGUAUGGCGGCCGCAACUGGGAAGGGUUUUCAACGGAUCCGUACCUCAGCGGCGUCGGAGUCGAAUUGACGGUGGCCGGCAUUCAGGAUGCGGGCGUGCAGGCCGUCACCAAGCACUACAUUGGUAACGAGCAAGAGACGCAGCGCAACCCGAGCGUGAGUCCAAACGGCGCACGCAUCGAGUCCAUCUCGUCGAACAUUGACGACCGGACCAUGCAUGAGCUGUACCUGUGGCCGUUCUACAACGCCGUCCGCGCUGGCACGGCCAGCAUCAUGUGCUCCUACAACCGGCUCAAUGGCUCGUACGGCUGCGAGAACUCCAAGUCAAUCAACGGCCUCCUCAAGGAGGAGCUGGGUUUCCAGGGCUACGUCAUGUCCGACUGGACGGGCACGCACAGCGGCGUCCCCGCCAUCGAGGCCGGGUUGGAGAUGAACAUGCCCGGCGGCAUCGCCUUCAGCACGCCCACGCCCUCGUACUUUGGCGGCAACAUCACCAUUGCCGUCAACAACGGCAGUCUGGCCGAGUCCCGCGUCGACGACAUGGUUCUGCGCAUCCUGACGCCCUACUUCCACCUCAACCAAGACGCAGACUUCCCGCCCGUCGACGAGUCCUCGGCCACCCAAAACUCUUUUACCAAGGACACCUGGGUGCACGACUUCGCGCUCGGCCCCACCGUCGACGUCCGCUCGGACGAGCACACGAAGCUGAUCCGCGACCUCGCCGCUGCCGGCACCGUGCUGCUCAAGAACGUCGACGGCGCCCUCCCCCUCAACGCCCCCAAGCAAAUCGCCGUCUUCGGCAACGACGCUGCCGACUUCUCCGAGGGCCUGUACUCGUUUGCCGGCGGUUUUGUCUCCGGCUCCUAUGACAUCGGCACCCUGGCUGCCGGCGGCGGCUCCGGCACCGGCCGCUUCUCGUACCUCGUCAGCCCGCUCGACGCCAUCAAGGCCCGCGCCAAGCAGGACAAUGCCUUGGUGCAGUACAUCCUGAACAACGAGUACAUCACGACGAACGGCUUCACGACCAUCGCACCGGAGCCGGAAGUGUGCCUCGUCUUCAUCAAGGCGUGGGCGACCGAGGGCUUCGACCGGGAGAGCCUGCUGCCCGACUACAACGGCAGCGCGGUAGUCGAGACGGUGGCAGCCAACUGCAACAACACGAUCGUAGUCUUGCACGGCACGGGCCCCGUUGUCCUGCCCUUUGCGAACCACGAAAACGUCACCGCCAUCCUCGCGGCGCACAUGCCGGGCCAAGAAAGCGGCAACUCGCUCGUCGACGUGCUGUACGGCGACGUCAACCCCUCCGGCCACCUGCCCUACACCGUCCCCGUAUCCGAGGACGUGGUGCCGUCCACAGCCCACAUCGUCAACUCGACGGCGCUGGCGGAGACCGAGGACCCGCUGGCCUGGGAAGCCGAUUUCGAAGAGGGCCUGCUCAUCGACUACCGCUACUACUACGCCGACGACAAGGCUGCCAAGGAGAAGGUGCUCUACCCCUUCGGCUACGGCCUGUCGUACACGACGUUCGAGCUCGCGGACCUGAGCACCGGCGCCUCCAACACCUCCACGACCAACUCCUCCGCUUCCGCUUCCACGAUUGCCCCGCCCGGCGGCCGCGCCGACCUCUGGGCCCCCGCCCACACAGUCCGCUUCCAGGUGCGCAACACGGGAGCGCGCGCCGGCGCCGCCGUGCCGCAGCUGUACGUGGGGCUGUCAAACGCGGGCGCGCCGUCCGGGACGCCGCGGUGGACGCUGCGCGGGUUCGAGAAGGUGCAGCUGGAUGCGGGCGAGGAGAAGGAGGUCGUGCUGACGUUGGCGAAGCGCGACGUCGCGUUUUGGGACACGGUGAGCCAGGACUGGGUCGUGCCGCAGGGAGAGAUCGAGGUCGCGCUUGGCUGGAGUGCGGGCGAGCUGCUUGUUAAGGACACUUUGUGA